GGGCGAACGUCCCUCGCUGCUGCCUCCAGCCCCCUCACCCGGCGCUAUGACGGCCAGUGCGGAGCAGCGGGCGCGACGGCCCGGAGUCGGGGUAGGAGUAGUGGUAACUAGCAGUAGGCAUCCUGGUUGUGUCCUCCUGGGGAAGAGGAAAGGGUCAUUUGGAGCUGGCAGUUUCCAACUUCCUGGAGGUCAUUUGGAAUUCAGUGAAAGCUGGGAAGAAUGUGCUCAAAGAGAAACCUGGGAAGAAGCAGCUCUUCACCUGAAAAAUGUUCGUUUUGCCUCGGUUGUGAAUUCCUUCGUUGAGAAAGAGAAUUACCAUUAUGUCACUAUAUUAAUGAAAGGAGAGGUGGACGUAACUCACGAUUCAGAACCGAAGAAUGUAGAGCCUGAAAAGAAUGAAAGUUGGGAGUGGGUUCCUUGGGAAGAGUUUCCUCCAUCGGACCAGCUUUUCUGGGCACUACGUUGUUUAAAGGAGCAAGGCUAUGAUCCAUUUAAAGAAGAUUUGGAUCAUCUGGUAGGAUACAAAGGAAAUCAUCUCUAGAUGAACACGAAGAUUUCCUGAUUAAAAAAAUAAAAGACAAAAUAAGGUCUGCCUAGAGCAUGAAAAAUACAUUUUAUCGAAAAAGUUUCAUAUCAUUGCCAGUUGAUUUUCAGUGUCUUAAUGUACCUACCACCCUUUCAGCCAGUACUUGUUGAAGGUUUUCUGGGGUUAUGUCAUGAAUUGUAUUCGAGACUCAGAAUGGGUGAUAAAUGGCAGUGUUGUGUCUACUCUGCUUUCCCCACUUCCCUAUGGUGUUUGCCGUGUAACUCGUCCUUCCCAGUUUUCAUGGAGCGCCGUAGACUCUCCCUUCGUGUUUAGUUCAAAUAGAGGUCCUAAUCCAAAUGCGAAUACUAUGUCCCUGUACCAUGUUUAUUGAUUUUCCCCUUCUAUCUGAAACAAAAGUUUUUUGAAACUAAAGUGAACAGGAUAGGUUAUUAGGGCAUUUUCCUAGGUUUCUGAUUGGUAACCUAAACCAAGAGAAGUGAGACAAACCUUGUAGGAUCUGUAUUCUGUCAUUAAGAUUAAGAGGCCUUCUAACUUUGGAUUUCUUACUGAAUCUCUGUGAGACCUAGCAUGCUUAUAUGCAAAACAGGGAGAUUAAACUAGGGCACUGGAUCUCAAAGUGGUGUCUGGGGAAGUCCUUGAGACCUUUCAAGGAUACUCAAGAUCAAAGCUGUUUCUGUAAUACUAAGACAUGAUUUGCCUUUUUCACUCUCAUUCUUUCAUGAGUAUACAGAGGUUUCCUGAUGCUGCAUGAUGGAUGGUAUUGAAACCACCUGAAUACAAAAGCAAAUGUGAGAAUCCAGCUCUCUUCUAUCAGACCAGACAUUAAAGAAAUUUGCAAAAAUGUAAAACAGUGUCACUCUAAUCACCGUUUUUAGAAACAUGGUUAUUUUUCAUAUGGAUUUUUAUGUUAACGUGAUAGGUUUUUGUUAUUUGUAAAUUAAUAAAAAAAUUCUUAAAAUUU